UAGAUCAAGCAAGACUACAUAUUACUAAAGAUAGACAAAAUAAGAUAGCCUUAAUCAAUAACAAACCUAUUAGCUACCAAGAAAUAGGAUCUGACACAGGUUAUAGGUGUAACAACCUAGCUCGUGAUGGACCUGCUCACUUAACCUUGAGAAACCAACCCCUCUUAUAUUUAUCUAAAUACCUCUCCAAACGAGACACCCCCUUAAAAGUGAGAAAAAACAUUGCGAUGGCGCCCAACGUGUUUGGUAAUCAAAGAAUCCAUACACCCGUUAACCAAGCUAAUAUAAUUGAUGGCACACCAACUAAUGAACAAAGGUUACCUACACUUCACUUAAUGACCAAUAAUAAGGCUAAGCAAAAUGACAAACAAUCGAAAAAUGCAGAAGAAAAAAUGAAAUAG